AGAGCUGAUUUCAUAUGCUGCUUGCUUGCAUAUCAAUGGUUAACUGAGCUGGCGUGAGAUUGCUUACCUCAACAAAAUCACCGCAGUGAGAAAGAGAAAGCAGUGAAUGGGUGGAGAUGAGCAGCCCCAUCAGAAGAGAGCUAUGCAUUCUGGCUGGUGCAGUCCAGAGCAAGCUGCUGCAAUGACAGCCUGAAGGUGUCAGGCAGCCUCUGGAGCCUGCACUGAACCUGAAAGCCAAUCUUCCGCUGCGCCGAGAGCUGUUAUUACUGCUGCUACUGUUGUGCUUCUUCGUUUUUGCACAAAAAGAGACUCAAAAUAUGGCCAGUAGUAAUGUAUCCAGUUUACAGGAUGCCCAGAGCAGGCAUUGCAGAUUUCUAUCUUAUAUGUUCUACCAGGCCGUCCGAGAUCACAAACCUGUGUGGUUGCUAGAGGACAUGAGGACUAUGCAGUAUUUCUACUGGGAGGCGAGUGCUAACAUCAGGACAUAUUCCCCUUCAGAAGCACUGCUGUAUGCUGUGGUGCACAAUCACCUGCCUUAUGCCCAGUAUCUGCUGUCUCAUUUUCCGGAGGAGGCUCUCAAAGUUCCCGGAGAGCAUUUUUGCUAUUGCCCGUCCUCUGCUCCUCAUUUAGCCAUGGCUGUAACUUAUGACAGGAGGGACAUCCUGGGGCUGAUCAUCAGCAUUGCACACAAGCUGCCUAGCCUAAACUCUUACAUCAACAGGACCGGCUGUUUUCAUCUUGAAGAUGGCAAGACCCCUCUGCAUCUCGCCUGUGAGCUCCUGAGAUCAGAGACUGUUCUCAUCUUGCUAGGAAACGGAGCUUCUCCUAAGAUAGAAGACAACAAAGGGCUCACUCCACUGGAUGUCGUCCUGGAACAGAUGUGGGAUUCCAAAGUCAAUGUGGCUUCCAAAAAACUCUGCCUUGACUACCUCUUGCUCUUCAUGCCUAACCCGCGCUUUAAGAUGAAGAAGGUCUUGCGGGAACACCCUGAACCCUGGGCAAUGCUGCUUGGAGACGACAAGUUCAACAGCCUGGUGGGGAACACGCCUGCAUCCUUAUACCUGCAAGCCAUGCAAACCAUCCUCCAGAUUCUCCCUCCCUCUCAUUUCCCUAAAAGCAUCCAAGAACUACCUAUACCUCAAGCACUAAAGCCCCUGCCUUGCAUGGGCAAGCAGCAUCUGGCAAAAAAUGGGCACACCUUUGACUCCUUCUUCAUCCAAAUGAUCAAUAGUCUUCCUGGCGGAUUCCCAACUUCUAAUGUAUUUGAAGAAUCUUUUGUUAUCUGUCAUCACAAUUUUGGCCAUUUGCUCCUCAAAUUUUCUUUUUGUCUCCUUCAGUGA